AUGCCCUUCGACUUCGGCUACGCCGUCAGGGACGACGACAGCGGCCUCGACUUCGGCCACAACUCCAACUCAGACGGCAGACUCACCACCGGCGAAUACCGGGUCGCCCUUCCGGACACUCGCACCCUCGUCGUCCGCUACACCGUCGACCGCCUCGGCGGAUACCAGCCCACGGUCGAGUACGAGGGGGAGGCCCGAUACCCCGAGCCCCAGUCCAGCAGCGGCAGACGGGCGUCCUCGUCGUCGUCGUCAGCAGCAGCCCCAGCUCAGACUUAUUCGGCGCCUUCGCCAGCUGUCCAGAGGCCUAGCUCCAUUUACGGGGCUCCUAACUAA